GGGCUUGUGUUAUUGACCGUGAUGGACAUCUAUUUAAAUACCUUUUGGAUUAUCUUCACGGAGAAGUUCAGAUUCCUACAGAUGAGCAAACUCGUGUGGCCCUACAGGAAGAGGCCGAUUACUUUGGCAUCCCUUAUCCAUACAGCCUAUCCGACCACUUGGCCAAUGAAAUGGAGACAUAUUCUUUAAGGUCAAAUAUAGAACUUAAAAAGGCUUUAACAGACUUCUGUGAUUCAUAUGGUUUAGUUUGCAAUAAACCAACAGUUUGGGUUCUCCACUAUCUUAACACAUCUGGUGCAAGCUGCGAGAGUAGAAUUAUUGGUGUAUAUGCCACCAAAACUGAUGGAACAGAUGCUAUUGAUAAGCAGCUGGGAGGAAGAAUUCACAGUAAAAGCAUUUUUAAAAGAGAGGCGGGAAAUAACGUUCAGUACAUUUGGAGCUAUUAUUCAGUAGCAGAGUUGAAGAAAAUGAUGGAUGCCUUUGAUGCUUGGGCCACGUCCCCUGUGGACAUGGAGGCAGCUGGGUGUUCUCAGGCUCCCCAUGGGACUGGGAGAGCAGAGAAUGGAGGCACACACCUGUCGCCAGCAAAGGCGUUGCUCUCUGACAAGAAGCCAACACCCCACCGAGUGAUAAAGCUGAAGAGGACUCCUCUGUGCCUGGUGGCAGCUUCCAGGAAGUCCUGUUGUCCCCAGCCACCUGCCCCCGAAGCUUCUAGCACUGUGGGUGUGCAUACUGAGAACGGGAAAGAUGAGGCUAAUGGAUAAGAGUGGUGGACUUGAAACUUCUGUCGGUCUUCCAAAGCUCCCAACCCGUUCGAUACAAAUGAGUGACACCGUUUCUUGAUGCAGUAGAGGGGAAAGCUUAUG